CCCCGGAUUGUGAAAAAGUUAGUCAUGUCAUGCCUGUGAAAAUCAAUAUGAUAUUUUUCUUGUGUUAUUCUUCGCUUAUUGGUGAUAAAAUUUUAUGUUCUUCAAUUAACUGUAAUAAUGAGCGUGGCAAAAAAUAUUCCAUUUUACAAAAUAUUUAUUUUGACUAGUCUCUACGUACUCGACGUCGUUGUAAUUGAAUGGUCGUAAAACUAAUUAACGCCUAAUGGGUGCUACUUUUUGUUCGUGAUGUUCAUGUAAAUAAUGUGAAUAAUAAAGUUCAUGAAAGUAAGAUUUUAACUGAUAUUAUGUACAGAAAGAUUCUAAAUUACUUUUUAAGCUGUGCAUAGUUAGUGUAAAUAGAAAACGAUGAGGUUUCAUAGAAGGUGCGGCGAUCGGGUCACACUUUUGAAUGAAAACUCCACAGCUGUUAGAAAUUUUGUAGAAUUUAAUCAUGGCUUGAUAUUAAGCUCGGAGCCUCUGAAGGAUGAUGUUAUAUUUGAAGUGUCGGUCGAUAGAAAGGUAAAUGUUUGGAAUGGCAGUCUGGAAAUAGGUGUUACCACUUUAGAUCCUGAGUUUAUGGAACUUCCUGCUACGGCAACUAAACUCAGAAAUACAGCAUGGAUUAUGUCAGGCAGUUCCAUCGUGAAGGAUGGUGUCACUCUGGUCAAUUCCUAUGGACCGGAGCUGGACACUUUGCGGGAGGGAGACUGCAUUGGAGUUAUGAGAACCAGUAAGGGCGAGUUAACAUUUUAUCUGAAUGGCCGUUGCCUGGGCAUAGCUGCACGAGAUCUCCCUCAGCGGCUGUUUGCUGUCAUCGAUUUGUAUGGCCAGUGCGUUCAGGUGUCUAUACUGCGCACUAAUGAAAUAAGACCUAUUAUGGAUACUAGCAUUGAUCAGGUUGAAGAGGAUCCGAAUAAUGAUGAUACCCUCACUUCAAGUGAACUAGAUGUCGCCGGUCUUCCAACUGAGCCAAAAGAACCUCGUAAUAUAUACAUUCCAAUGACUUCCGAAGGUGCAUGUGCUUUAGCACAUGACCGUUUGCGGUUUCACCCACGAUGUGGUAUUUUAGUGAAACUGUCAAGUAACAACAAGACUGCAGAGCGGGCCCGUCCACUGGACGACUACAACAAUGGCGUGGUGAUGACUCAUCGGCCGCUGUAUGACAACGAGCUGUUUGAGAUACGCAUAGACAGGCUCGUCGACAAGUGGAGCGGCAGCAUUGAGGUUGGUGUAACAACCCACAACCCAACCACUAUCCGUUUCCCUUCCACGAUGACCAACAUGGACUCCGGUACCAUCAUGAUGUCAGGCUGUAAGGUGCUGCUCAACGGCCAUGGGACCUGCAUGGAGUAUGGCAACUUUAACCUUGAUGAACUAAGGGAAGGGGACACCGUGGGAAUGAUGAGGAAGAGCAAUGGUAAAUUGCACUAUUUCAUAAACGGUGUCGACCAAGGCGUUGCCACUGAUAAAGUAGACCAACAAGUUUGGGGAGUGGUGGAUUUGUACGGCAUGACCGUCAAAGUGUCCAUAGUAGAUCCUUGUGAGGACAUUGACAGCAACAUCAACAUUAAUCCACCUGUUUUGCUCGCUUCGCCUGAAAUUCCUGCACCUAGCAGAUUUAGACCAAGAAUAGACGAAGAGAGCCUUUUAUUUCAUACGCUGCGUGAUUCGAAUGUUAUUAUUAUUAACGAUGGUAAGACUGCUCAUAGGCCUAAUGCUUUCAAGUACUUCAACAACGGAAUCGUAAUGACGAACCGCACUCUGAGGACCAACGAACUGUUCCAAGUGCGUCUCGACCUCGUGAUCCCGAAGUGGGCUGGAAGCAUUGAGAUUGGAGUCACGCAGCUAUCUUCUAAUGAUAUCAAGUUUCCAUUCAAAAUGAGCAAUGCUGAAUCCGGCACGUGGGCUGUGACCGGAGAAGACGUUAUCCGAGAUGGUUCCAUCGUUAUUCCUCAAUAUGUCAGAAAUCUCAACAAACUUGUGGAGGGGGACACAGUGGGUGUGAUGCGCAAAGAGAUGGGCAUACUACAUUUCUUUGUCAACGGCGUGGAUCAGGGACCGGCCGCUUUUAAUGUACCUGAACACGUAUUUGGCAUAAUAGAUUUGUACGGGCGAGCAGCGCAAGCGACUAUAGUUGAUGAGUAUACGCCACCACCGAUCUAUUCACCUGAAUCUCCACUUUCUACUGAAUCUAAUGCUACUAUAUUUCCUGAAAUGUGCUUCCACCGCGUCCACGGUCGCAACGCUCGCCUCAGCCGCAACCGGCUCACAGCUUGGCGAGCGACUGUCUACUCGGAGUUCAACGAUGCCGUACUCUUCAGCUCGCGGCCUCUACGCGAGUGUGACAUGUUCGAGAUGCGCAUCGAUAAGAUGGUCGAUUGCUGGAUUGGGAGCAUCGAAAUCGGUGUAACAGCAAUUCGUCCGGACGACUUAGAGGCUGGGGGCGGAGUGGGGGCAGUGGCCGGUACCGCUACGGACCUCAACUGGGAUACCUACAUACUGAGCGGGGCUGCUAUGAUGAAGGACGGCGAGUGUGUGCGGAGUGGCUAUCCGUUAGACUUGGAUAGUCUGACUGUUGGCAGUCGUGUUGGUAUGAUGUGGCACGCUGAUCGCAGCCUGCAUUACUAUCUAGACGGGAUGGAUAUGGGCAAGGCAUGGUAUGUGCCCCAUCUCAACAUAUACGCCGUUGUCGACUUGUAUGGCCAGUGCACACAGGUGACCAUACUGCAGAAUGAGGAAAGAGCGUUCAACUACAACGGUUGCACUAACUCCGAUAACUCUAUGCUGAGCAACUCCCGAGCUUUGUCUUCCCCGCCGCCGCCAUAUUGGAGUUUCUCUGAGUACUCUGGGGACAACAUUUGUCUGAUGCACGAUUACACGGUGGCUCGUCGUCUGACGCCCGAUCCUAUGGCGGCGUUGGUGUUCAGCUCUGCGCACCUGGCUAUGGGAGAGCUGUUUGAGAUCAAAAUAGCGGAGUGCAAGCAUUCCUACGCGGGUAGUUUCCGCAUCGGCAUCACGGAUAUCAACAUCUUGAACGCUCACGUGAACCGCAGCUUGCCUCCCAGCGUCGCCUGUCUUCCGCACUUCACUGCCUAUAUUGAUGGGCGAUACAUGAAAUAUUCGCAGCCAGGCACCUGGGAACAGGAGAUCUGCUCGUUCGUGCCAUCCUUCGAGUGGCUUCGUCCGGGAGACAGGAUCGGUCUUAAGAAAGUCAGCGACUCGCGGGUUAUCGUCUACUACAACUCGGAACAACUCGACACGGCUUUCGAAAAAGUCCCCGACAAAGUGUACGUCGUCAUCGAGAUAUAUGGACACGUCACAAAAAUACAAGCUAUCUCCCAGGGAAGCCUUGGAAACGGAUUGACUCAACAAACUAUUCCGAAUGACAGCGACGAGUUUCCGAAGCAUAUAGCAGCGCCAUACAGUUUCAGCCACGCAGCCACAGACACGACGGACGAAGUCUUUGAGCCAACCAUUACCAAUUUAGCGACUGCCGAGAGCGACUUAGUGAAUGUUCCGCGACCCAAACGGACGUUGGACGACUCGGCUGAAGACCCAGGAGCCGAGUCUUCAAGCGAGGACUCCCCGAGUGGAGGACCACCAGAAUACCUCGCUACAGAGGAAGACUUAUCUACAACAGAAGAUGACGCAAUCGAACGAAAAAAUAAGACCACAAAAAGCAAGUACGCUAAGAUGUCCAGCCAAGCGUGGCCAGCUGGGUCCGAUCAAAGUUCACGAGGAGGUACUCAAGGAAAGGGGAAGGGCAAAGGCAAAAGGGGCUCGUCCACGUCGAAGGACACAGCUGUACCAUCAACUUCAGCUGAGCCUUGUUUAGCUGAUGGUGAAGAAGUGUCAACGUCCACUGAGGUUCGCGCGGCCUCGCCAGUGGAAACGGCCGUGGAAGCCGCGGCUACAUCUACGGAAACGAGGCCUCGGCUUCGUCGGUCUAACCUGCCGUAUACUUUCUACCACAUACAUGGAAGGAAUAUUAAACUGUGCAGCUCAGAAACUGUGGCGGUGCGUUUCAGAGGCUACAAAGACGGUAUGGCGGUCAUCAGUCAACCAUUACGCCGGGGACAUAAUUUCAGAUUCCGAGUGGACAAGACGUGCGAUGAAUGGAUGGGCACAGUCACCAUUGGCGCGAUGGGGAUACUGCCAGGAGAAACCCCAUCAAAUGGGGUACAUCUAGAACCACCUUGCUGGAUGCUUUCAAGUGGACUGGUCAACGAUAAUGGAAAUUAUUACCACUCCUCGAUGGGCAUGGCUCUGGACGACCUGAAGGAGCAGUCGGUACUGACCAUCCACUUCCGCUUCACCAGCGAGCUGAUCCUCCAAGUGGAUGGAAAACUGGUGGGAUGCAUAGCCACCGUCCCAAGGCGGUUCAGUCACAUCUUCCCGACUAUCGAUCUCUAUGGCAGUAUAUGUCAGGUGUCCGUUCUUCUACACCCUUACGUCAUCUCGAGUGGCGCCUCCCUAGACCUGCCAGUCAUCACUGAAAAUCACGAGGAUACCUUCAAUGAUCUCUCUGAUGAAGAAGACGCCGACUCCUCCCUAGACCCAGAAUCCAGCGCAAAGAAAAAGAAGAAAGCUUACAGUCAGGAUAACCUCGCGAACACACCUUGGGAACCGCCAUACAUGCCGGCCGGACCAAGCCAUGGACUCAGUUUCAUGCCAUACCGUGUGCCCACUCCGCUGCCGUUCCGAACACCUACCCCCAUCCCCCAGCCCGUGAUGAAGCCAAAGAGUGGCCUCGUAGUCAACCCCUUCAAGAAAAAGCCAAAGAAAGCCAAGAACAAGGAGAAGUCUCGGUCAGAGAUACCAGCUGACGCGCCCAUGCACAGGAGUCUCAACCUACCAGUACGGAACCGAGAUAACAAUGAAUUUGUGAACCGGCAGAUACAGAAGAGUCAUUCGUCGCACAAUUUUAGUUAUACGAUGGAGGAGUUUGAACCUUCGAGUGGUCUCCGUCACACGUACAGCGUGGGGUCUCGAGUUGGAGACGCUUGUGAUGGGGCCGUGCACGAGCAGUUCUGCGAUACGAACAUCCGACACAACGACCGAUACCCCGAGGCGAGUGACGUCGACAAUCUCGACAACGAGAUCAUGGACGCACUCACUUUAGAGACAGGGAACUUACCUGAUCUCACUGAAGAACAGUCUUCGUCAAUAGACGAAUCCACGCAUCACGAUAUAUUUUCGGACUAUUGCUCCCCGACUUACUUCCAAUACUUGAAUCAUAUUCUGCACUUGGAUGGCGAGGGAGGGGAUGGGCACAGCUUGGAGGCGGAGUGGGAGGCUUCGGGCGAGGGUUGUGAGCAUCUGCACCUGGUGCUGAAGUUCUGGCACAAGCUGGUGAUGCCCAACCCGGCGCUACGGCAGGCGGUCUCGUGGGGACAGGUGCGCUGUUACUGCGCUAACUGCCAGCCUGAUGGCCCACCCACAUUUGCUGGUUGGGUGCGUAUCGAGCGCAUAGACGGCGUUGGCGCCGCGAGCCGUGGAUUCUGGCACGUCGGCCGGUCGUCACUCCGCGCGGCUCAGACAUCGACCGUGGCGACAGGCCCGUUGCGACGACCCAAGUUCGCCAACACGCCGAAUGCCGAACCACCGUAUACUGAUUCUUGGUUCGACGAAGAAGGAAAACCACAUAACGUCGUGCUGUGUAUCGAAAUGGAUGUUGAGGGCUCUGACGCCGCAAACGACCGUCUACUAGCAUUCUUGAUCUUCUUAAAGCCGCGACUACCGUCCGAAGAAUGUUCACCAUGCUCGGAGGACUAAACUAAUCGAUUAUAAUCGAUUUUCUCCACUCGAAUCUUAUCGAUACUUCGCACCGUGAAAAACUAUCGAUUUGUCCAAUACAGGUAUAUGAUACUCGUAACGGUGUUUGUUCGUAAAUGAUAUUACUAUGGUGGGACGCAAGAUGGUUGUCGUUAAGUAUUAAUUACCUAUAGUAUUUAAUUAUAGUCAUGUGCCGUUAAUUAGGCAUUUUCGAUGCAGUGUUUUUUGAUCUCAAAGG